UUUUUUUUUCGUCAUCAUUUUUAAUUAUCCUCACCUCCAUUUCACACAGCCCCUGCGGUGUGCGUUUCUCUGUUUGAUGGAGCCACAGAGAAGCCAAAGUAAAGAUCAAGGUCGUCCUGAAAGGAAAGGCCAAAAGAGAAAGCUGGAGGAAGAGAUCGAAGACGAGCAGCAAGAGAUCUCUGCGUCUGCUACGGCGGCGGCUGCGGCAGCGGUUCCUUUCGGGGACGCACGGCAAGCGCUUUUAUAUGAGGUAGCUUCUCAGGUUAAUAUCCUGAACUCUACUUUCUCUUGGAACGAAGCCGAUCGUGCUGCUGCUAAACGCGCCAUUCAUGUCCUCGCUGAGUUCGCUAAAAACGAGGAAUUAGUGAACGUAAUUGUUGAAGGAGGUGCAGUUCCGGCUCUUGUUAAGCAUCUUCAAGCGCCACCAUCAUCAUCGAGCGAAGUUGAUCGUAGUACGAAACCAUUUGAGCAUGAGGUUGAGAAAGGAAGUGCCUUCGCGCUUGGAUUACUUGCUGUUAAGCCAGAGCAUCAGCAGCUUAUAGUUGACAUAGGGGCUUUAUCACAUCUUGUGGAACUGUUGAAAAGGCACAAGGAUGGUUCUGUUUCUCGAGCAGUGAAUAGUGUAAUUAGACGGGCAGCUGAUGCUAUCACCAAUCUAGCUCAUGAGAAUAGCAGCAUUAAGACUCGUGUUAGGGUGGAAGGUGGGAUUCCUCCUCUGGUUGAGUUGCUUGAAUUUGUUGACACAAAGGUGCAAAGAGCAGCUGCUGGGGCACUACGAACCCUGGCCUUUAAGAAUGAUGAGAAUAAAAAACAGAUUGUUGAAUGUAAUGCUCUUCCUACCCUCAUUCUAAUGCUACGGUCAGAGGAUGCUGCUAUACACUAUGAAGCAGUUGGUGUUAUUGGAAAUCUGGUCCAUUCAUCCCCAAACAUAAAAAAAGAAGUCCUUGCUGCUGGAGCUCUGCAACCUGUUAUUGGCUUACUUAGCUCCUGCUGCUCUGAGAGCCAAAGAGAGGCUGCUCUGUUACUUGGACAGUUCGCUGCUACUGAUUCUGAUUGCAAGGUUCAUAUUGUACAAAGGGGUGCUGUUCAACCUUUGAUAGAGAUGCUUCAGUCUCCUGAUGUACAACUGAGAGAAAUGUCUGCAUUUGCACUUGGGAGGUUGGCACAGGACUUGCACAACCAAGCGGGUAUAGCUCACAAUGGUGGUUUAGUGCCAUUGCUGAAGCUUCUGGAUUCAAAAAAUGGAUCUCUUCAACAUAAUGCAGCAUUUGCUCUAUACGGUCUUGCAGAUAAUGAGGAUAAUGUGUCCGAUUUUAUUAGGGUGGGAGGUGUACAGAAGUUGCAGGAUGGAGAAUUUAUUGUUCAAGCAACAAAGGAUUGUGUAGCCAAGACUUUAAAAAGAUUAGAGGAAAAGAUUCAUGGACGAGUCUUACAUCAUUUACUAUAUCUGAUGCGUGUAACCGAGAAGGCUGUCCAGCGACGCGUUGCUUUAGCUCUUGCACAUCUCUGUUCCCCAGAUGAUCAGAGGACCAUUUUCAUUGAUAACAAUGGAUUGGAGUUACUUCUUGGCCUUCUUGGCUCUACAAGCCCGAAGCAACAAUUAGAUGGAGCAGUGGCUCUGUAUAAGUUGGCAAAUAAAGCAGCGACUCUUUCUCCUGUUGAUGCAGCUCCUCCUUCUCCAACACCACAAGUAUAUUUGGGAGAGCAGUUUGUAAACAAUGCUACAUUGUCUGACGUUACCUUUCUAGUUGAAGGUAGACGUUUCUAUGCCCAUAGAAUUUGCUUACUUGCUUCUUCAGAUGCAUUUCGUGCAAUGUUCGAUGGAGGUUACCGGGAGAAGGACGCAAGGGACAUUGAAAUUCCAAAUAUUAGAUGGGAGGUUUUUGAGUUAAUGAUGAGAUUCAUAUACACUGGAUCAGUAGAUGUAUCAUUAGAUAUUGCCCAAGAUCUCCUAAGGGCUGCAGAUCAGUAUCUCUUGGAGGGGCUUAAGCGACUUUGUGAGUAUACUAUAGCACAGGAUAUAUCUUUGGAGAAUGUUGCAAGCAUGUAUGAACUUUCUGAAGCUUUCCAUGCCAUUUCAUUGAGGCACACAUGCAUUUUAUUUAUCUUGGAACAAUUCGAUAAAUUGAACGCUAAGCCCAGGCACUCCAACUUGAUUCAGCGAAUUAUACCUGAGAUUCGGAAUUACUUUGCCAAAGCACUUACCAAACCUAACCCACAUAACUCGCGGCUGUAGAUGGCUGGUAUUUGAUUCUUGAUGUCUAACUGGAAAAUGUUGUACAGAAAGUUGUAGAUCUUCACAUUGUUGUCUAGCCAUUUGAGCAUCCUAAUGGCCGUAAUCACCAAUCACCCCUGAUGCAAGAGUGUUGUCACAUUUGCACGCAUUGUAGCAUCAGUUCCAUUUUCAUGGAUAUUGAUGGAGUUAUGUAAGGUGGUCAUGUAUCUUGUAUGCACCCCUUUGAUGAGUCUGCUUGCAUCGAGUGUAAGCAAGAUUUCUUCUGGAAAUACCAGGAAAAUUUGGGGCAGAAGUUCAGGUCUGUAAUCUAAUCUUUGUCUCCAGGACUCGGUUGCUAAAGGUGUUUGAGCACGAGAAGCUUUUAUGUAAAGAGACUAGGAAAUUAAAAGAAAAUUGUUACAUUUUGAAUUUUUUUUUCUUUUCCAAAUUGUAAUUUAGUUGCAGAGGUUUAUAUAUUGUUUUACUGGUGCGUGAUCCCACCCAAUCUUUGAACAGAACUGUGCAAGGAACUGAACUUUAUUCAUGUUCUAAUAUUAUUGGAUUGAAAAUUGACGCUGUUUUGACACGAA